AUGUCUGCUACUCUCCUGCGCACCUCUGCCCUCCGCGCUGGCAUCCGCGCCAGCGCCGCGAAGCCCAUGGCCGGCAUGGCCUCGACUUCGUUCGUCCGCGGCAAGGCGACCCUCCCCGACCUUCCUUACGACUACGGCGCCCUCGAGCCGCACAUCUCCGGCCAGAUCAUGGAGCUCCACCACGCCAAGCACCACCAGACCUACGUGAACGGAGUCAACGCGGCCAUCGAGGCCAUUGGCGACGCCCAAGCCAAGGGCGACGCCCAGGCCGCUGCUAAACAGGCUCCCCUCCUUAACUUCCACGGUGGAGGCCACAUCAACCACUCCCUCUUCUGGGAGAACCUGGCCCCCAACGGCAAGGGCGGUGGUGGUGAGCCCACCGGCAAGCUCCUGACCGCCAUUAACGAGGACUUUGGCUCGUUCGACAACCUCAAGAAGCAGACCAACGCCGCGCUGGCCGGCAUCCAGGGCUCUGGAUGGGCAUGGCUCGUCAAGGACAAGACGAGCGGCACCCUCGGCCUGGUCACCAGGAUGGGACAGGACCCGGUGUCGGGCAACCUGGAGCCCCUGAUGGGCAUUGACGCCUGGGAGCACGCCUACUACCUGCAGUACCAGAACCGCAAGGCCGAGUACUUUGGCGCCAUCUGGGAGGUCAUCAACUGGGGCAACGUGGCCAAGCGCUUCGAGAAGUGA